UAUACAUACAGAACCCGGAAGUACAGAGCUUCUGCAACUUUUUAACUAAACAUUUGGGAAAGACGGGAAAGGAAAAUUACUUGUUGCGAAUGCAAUAGCUACAUGUUUGGAUACAUGUUUCAAUGUGUUCUAUUGAGUUUGUAAUGGAGAGAGAUAUAGGAACGAUAUAUGCUAUAAGGGCUCUUGGGUACACAAGCAGUGUCUGUGUCAGACGGUGCAGAUGUGAUGAGCUUCCUUGUCCGCUGCUCACUUGGCUGGCGUCAGAAUUGAGGGCUGUCUGCACAGAGUUACAGGACCAAAAGACUGGUAUUGUCCUAGUGGGGGAGUUGCGGACCCUGCUGACCGAGCUACUUUGUCCCUACACUGCACUGACCACAGAUCCACUGAGUCCUCCUCUCCUCAACAAAGUCACUGAGUACAUGGUGUCAGAAUUACAAGCAGCACGUAUACUUCAACAUAAAGAAUUACAUCCAGAAGAUGAGAAGAGUGAAGAUAAAUCUGAGAAAGAGCAGAGAGCGGAAGAUCCCAGCAUUGUUGAUACAAAGAACUGGUGUAAAGAAUAUGAAGAUGGCCAGGAGAUGGAACAAGGUGACAGGAAGGAAGAAACAGAGCGUGAAUUGGCUCUGUUGCUUCAAACCCUAAACAUGGACGAGUCUUCACGGCUUACAGAUGUGUGCCAUCAGGUGGAGUCACGUCUUGCGGUGUUGCCGUGUGGCGAUAUGACAGAACCUCUGCUGGACACUAAUCUCAACUCUGAGCAAUGGAGGCAAGUCCAGAAGAUAAAUCAGGCUCUAUUAGAGGACUAUCAUUGUCGACGCCAAAUGAUGAUCAAACGUUUUCAGGUCACACUUCAGUCCUUUGCCUGGGGAGAGAAGGAAAAGGAGCGCAGUGAAGUGCUUGCCUCAAUACCUCCACUCUCAUCACUUCCCCUCAUAUCCCAAGUCUCCGUGUCUCUUCUGCUUGCAGCAAGAAAAGACCAAUCUUACAUUUUACCAGUAAAAGCAGGGGAAAGCACUAAAGUCUACAAGGUAUUGAUGGGCAGUGUACCAGACCGGGGUGGACGGCCAGGAGAAAUUGAGGCCCCCAUGCCCAUGUGGGAGGGACGGAGAGAGGGAGGGAGGGGUCGUGGAGGAGGACGUGGAGGGCCACGCGGAGGGGGUGGUCAGAAACGACAGAACUUUUCUGGAAAAAAGAGAAACAAAUGAGAGUAACACAAUAGGUUGUAUGAAGGAAAUGACAAGGUAGAAUUUAGCGACAUGGCGAUAGAGACAAACCCACAAGCAAGAAGAUUUCAAUAUCAAAAUACAUUUUGUUUACAUUUAUAUAAUUUAUGCAGAUCCACAAAGGUGCAGUCCUGAAAUUUUGCUCAAAGUCAAAUUCGACAACAAAAUGUGUUGAUGUGGAAUUUAAAUUAAAUUGAAGAAAUAUGUUAAUAAGGAUAGGCUAUAAUCGAUUUGUGAUAUUUUUGAGGGGGACAAAUAGGAAGUUGAUUAUGUGGAUUAAAAGAAAGUGUCUUUUUUUUUAAAUACUUGAGAAUAUAUUGCUUAUGUUAGAAACCUGUAGAGUCUAUUUGUUUGAUUGAUUACUUCAAUAUCGUUUAAAUGUCACUAUCUGUUUAAAUAAAGCCUUAGGUACUUCCUUGUA